ACCACUCCUUGUAUUUCUUCAAAGAAAUCCCAUUGAAAGAAGAAGCAGGGAAACCAGUUGCAAUUUGUCUGCUUCUCUCCCUCUGUCACUCACUCUCUCCUACACGCUCAUUUCAUGACAUAACUUACUGAACUUGCUGAGCAUACUUUGAAGCAGUCAGAUGAAAAGAUCGCUUUAUUUUACUUUGUUUUUGGUUUCCUAAGAUUAAUUAUAGUACAAGUCUCUGGCAACAAAAGGUAUUGUGGGAGUCAUAGCUGCUCCAGCUGGGCUAUUUCUCAGACACUUAAUACAUAGUUUGAGGAAAACUACAUCAUUUUUUACAAAAAUUCUAAAUCUGACUCACGUGCUUGUUCCAAGUGAAGUUUGAUCAGAUUAGAAAAGACACCGGAGACGCAGCACAAUUUAGUUAAUGGGGUGACUUCACUUGGAACAGCAUGUCGGGGCGCAGUGUUCGGCUGAAGUCAGUUCCUGUUCAAAGCCUUUCAGAGUUGGAGCGUACCCGAUUACAGGAAGUGGCUUUUUAUCAUUUGCAGCAGGACUGCGACCUAGGUUGUCAGAUUACUAUUCCCAAAGAUGGACAAAAGAGGAAAAAAUCCUUAAGAAAGAAACUGGACUCAUUAGGGAAGGAAAAAAACAGAGACAAAGAAUUUGUACCCCAGGCUUUUGGAAUGCCCUUGUCCCAAGUGAUUGCUAAUGAUCGGGCCUACAAACUCAAGCAGGAUUCUCAGAGAGAAGAGCAGAAGGAUGUGUCAGACUUUGUAGCCUCUCUCUUACAAUUUGGAACUAAAAGACAGAAUAAAGAACUCUCAAGCAGUAACUCAUCUCUUAGCUCGACCUCGGAAACUCCAAAUGAAUCCACUUCCCCUAACACACCAGAGCCAGCACCACGUGCUAGAAGAAGGGGUGCAAUGUCUGUAGAUUCUAUUACAGAUCUUGAUGACAAUCAGUCCCGACUGCUGGAAGCGCUACAGCUCUCUUUGCCAGCAGAAGCUCAAAGCAAGAAAGAAAAGGCAAGGGAUAAGAAAUUAAGUCUGAACCCUAUUUAUAGACAGGUUCCUCGGCUUGUAGAUAGCUGCUGCCAGCAUUUAGAAAAACAUGGUCUUCAGACAGUGGGAAUAUUCAGAGUUGGAAGCUCAAAAAAGAGAGUAAGACAGUUACGGGAAGAGUUUGAUCGUGGUGUAGAUGUUGCGUUAGAAGAAGAACACAGCAUCCAUGACGUUGCUGCUUUAUUAAAGGAAUUUCUACGAGACAUGCCAGAUCCUCUUCUGACCAAAGAACUUUAUACCGCCUUCAUCAAUACUCUCCUAUUAGAACCAGAUGAACAACUAAGCACCUUACAGCUUCUUAUUUAUCUUCUACCUCCCUGUAACUGUGACACCCUACACAGACUCCUGCAGUUCCUCUCUAUGGUGGCUAGCCAUGCAGAAGACAGCACAGACAAAGAUGGCCAGGAGGUUACUGGGAACAAAAUGACAUCACUGAACCUGGCCACUAUAUUUGGGCCUAACCUGUUGCACAAGCAAAAGUCUACAGACAAAGAAUUCACAGUUCAAAGUUCAGCUCGAGCGGAGGAGAGUACUGCAAUCAUUGCUGUUGUACAAAAGAUGAUUGAAAACUAUGAAACCCUUUUCAUGGUUCCCCCUGACCUUCAAAAUGAAGUGCUAAUUAGUUUAUUAGAGACGGACCCAGAUGUUGUAGACUAUUUGCUGAGAAGGAAAGCUUCCCAGUCAUCAAGCCCUGAGAUGCUACAGUCUGAAGGGUCAUACUCUAUGGGAGGGAGACAUUCUUCCACGGACUCCAACAAAGCCUCAAGUGGAGAUGUCUCCCCUUAUGACAACAACUCGCCAGUACUGUCUGAAAGGUCACUGAUGGCAAUGCAAGAAGAUAUUGCCCUCAGUUCAGAUAAGCUGUACAAGGUACCUGAACAGUACAUGUUGGUUGGCCAUUUGCAAUCUAAAUCAAGAGAAAAUUCGCCUGGAUCAUGGGCUGGGAAAGAUGUUCCAGAGGAUCAUUUCAAUAUCUGGGGCACCUGGCAUUCAACACUGAAAUGUGGCUCCAAAGAUCCAGGAAUGACAGGUUCAUAUGGAAACCUUUAUGAAAGCAGCUCGUUACGACCAGGAAGGUGCUCUCUUUCCCAAGGGAACCUAUCGUUGAAUUGGCCUCGGUGGCAGGGUAGUUCUACAGAAUUGGACAACGAAAAGCAAAUAAUCCGAAGGAGUCAGACUACUGCUGCCAUUCCUGAAUGUAGGCCUCACACCCCCGUGUCUCGGGUUUGCAGCAGUCCGCAAACAGAAGGUGGAAGGAGGAGUUCAGACCAGUCCAAUUUAAGGUCUGAGCGGCAUUUGACUUUAAGUAGCACAGAGGACCUUACAGAGCAUGACUCAAAAGUGGGUUGCUUGUCAAGAACAGCUAUACCUUUGUACCUGAGGCAAGAAGACAUAAAUAGAAAAGAGAGGCCACCACCUCCUUACCCUGGCCCCAAAAAACAAAGUUCUGCAUUGUCCCAGCGACCGACUGUCUCUUCAACAGCGCAUCCUUUGUGGAGACUUCAAAAGCCAGAAAAACAUUCAGGGGCCAUAGCAGCAGAAGGACCAGCAGCUGAAUCAACUGACCAAUCCAUCUCCAGUCAGCCAUGGCAAGCUUCUCAGAACAAAAUAGGUAACAUCUAUUCCACUCCAGCCAAUAAUCAGAACAAUAAAAAUGUAUCCGAGCCAGACUGUCAUGAUUGCCAAAGACCGCGGUGCCCAAUUUGGGAGCUUUUAUCAGCUGAUAACUCAGAUGCCUUCCCUGAAACGCUUGUAUGAUCAGACUCUUAUAGAGAACUGCCAUCCAAACCUAUGCUUCUCUUAGAUAGGAAACGAAUAGUGACAUUGGAAAACUUCUUGUUUUAUACCAAGUAAAUUUAUUUUAAUUUCUUAAUUUUGUUCACUUUAAAUCUUUCAUAGCUCUAUUAAGCAGUCCAUUUACAAUACCGUAUGUUCUUGUUUCGUAACAAGCUUUUAAGAGAGAAAAAUGUUAGCCUAACAACUGUGGUUUCAUAAACUGUGUGUAAGACAAAACUAUUGCUUUGGUGUUGCUAAUGUGUAUUUAUAUGUCUGCAGUUCUGAUGAUUGUUUAGUCUGGGUUAUGUAUGAUAAUCAUAUAUUGUGUGUUCCUAUUCAAGUGACAAUCAAUCAGGACUGCCUUUUUUAAAAUCACUGCACUUACAUUACCAAUAAUAUGUGUUGGAAUUCUAUAGAAAGUGCACAAGCUGGUUUCUGUGCUGUUAUACAACUUGUUAAUGAGAGAAACUGUCCUUCUGGUCAAUGCCUAUAAAAAACACUAAAAUAGAAUAAAACAUGAAAAGCCAUAUAUUUUAUAAUGGUAGUAGUAGGCUAGAAUGGAAAUUAUUUACCAAAUAUUUUUUCUUACGAAUAUGUUUGUAAACAAAAUUAAAAUUUGAUACAAUGUUAUAAAAAUAUUUUUUUAGAUUCUGUUAGGUAGCAGUUCAGCUAAUCAGUCAAGGGUAAGGUUGUGUCUAAACCAAACUAACAGCCUUACUACAAAAGUUUACCCUCCCCUUCUAGAUCAAUUACAAACUUAUAUAUACAGCAUAUAAUAUAUAAUAUAUAUUUAUAGGUGUAUAAUUUUAUAUAUUGUUUUAAAGCAAUGAACUGGAAACCAAAUUUUUUAAAAAAAUCUAUAUAUAUGUCACAUAAUAGAAAGAAAUAUGGCUUUUCCUUUUAAACAACAAACAAAGCAAUCAAAAUGACAAGCAUUUAUAUGUCACAUGCAGUGUUUUAGAAAUGAAUACGACAUUUGGAGAAGUUCACAGCUUUUUGUAUAAAUGUUGUGCCAAAAUUUGGGGAAAUGGGGUUUUUUUUCAAUAACUAUGUUACAUUGUUAAAUGUUGCUGUUACACAAGUUUUGGUUUUAUUAAACUGCAAACAUGUUUAUGACCAGCAGGUGGCAAUGUAUUCCAGUAUUUUAAGAAGAUUUUUUUUUUCACAUAAGGGAAAAUGUAUCAUAUUAAAAAUUUUAUAAAACAUGCUAGUCUUAAUUGUAAUGAAGUUGAAGACUCAUUCAGUGGUGUUAUCUUGAAAUUCUGUCUUCUGUCGUAAUGUUGGAAUAAAAAACUAAGCAAAA